AUGAAAUUCGCUACUUCUGCUUUCGUUUUUACUCUUGUUGGGUCGGUUGUUACUUCUAGUCCAAGUACUCUUCAAACCAGAUCUGUUCAAUUGGAUGAAACUACCAACAAUCAUCUUGAACGUCGUGGAUAUGGACGCAGGCGUUUCCAUGGUCAUCAUGGCGGUUUUGGGUUUGGAGGUUUUGGCGGUGGUGGUUUUGGUGGUGGUUUUCGUCAUCAUCGCCGUUACUAA